AUGUGCACCUCUUGCACACCCCUCUUGCACAGCAGGGAAGGAUUAACCCCGCUGUUCUCUGCUUUUUCAGAUUUGCCUGAAGAACGUCUGGGCGAUGGUAUGGCAGCUGACAACGCAGAGACCUUCAGCGACAAAGACGCGGACCAGCAGGGCUCCCCAGACCUGGCCAAGGGCAAGAGCUGCGUGGCCCCCGAGAGCCCCGACAUGGUGUCUGUGGAUGAAGGCGGGUAUGCCGUCCAGAAGAACGGGGGGUCCUCCGAGAGCCGCCCCCACAGCCCCAAGUACCACGCGGAACAGAACCACCUCCUGAUCGAGGGCCCCUCGGGAACCUUGUCUCUGCCCUUCAGCUUGAAAGCCAACAGACCCCCGCUGGACGUGUUAAAAAAGAUCUUCCCCAACCAGAAGCCGACGGUGCUGGAGCUGAUCCUGAAGGGCUGCGGGGGGGACCUGGUGAGUGCCGUGGAGGUCCUCUUGUCCAGCCGGUCCUCCGUCACCGGGGCCGACCGAACUUCCGCAGAACCCGAGAGUCUGGUGCUGCCCUCCAACGGGCACAUCUUCGAACACACCCUGAGUUCCUACCCCCUGUCCUCUUCCAAGUGGUCUGUGGGCUCGGCCUUCAGAGUCCCAGACACGCUGCGGUUCUCUGCCGACUCCGGCAAUGUCGUGCCCAACCCCUUGGCGGUCCCCCUGCAGCAGCCCUUCCCCCAGCCACCCCGCUACCCUCUGAUGCUGAGGAACACGCUGGCGCGCAACCAGCCGAGCCCCUUCUUGCCCAACGACGUCACGCUGUGGAACACCAUGGCCCUGCAGCAGCAGUACCAGCUGAGACCCCAGUACGUCAGCCCUUUCUCCGCGAACUCUGCCGGCGUCUUCCGGAGCUCCCCCGUCCUCCCCAGCCGGGCCGCCGAAGACCCCAGGAUCUCCCUUCCCGAUGACGGGUGCCCAAUCGUGUCCAAGCAGGCCAUUUACACCGAGGACGAGUAUGACGAGAGGUCCGACUCCUCAGACUCUAGAAUACUCAACACGUCAUCUUAA